GGGGAAGGGAUUUUAACCGCGCACAGAUAACCGGGAAUAGCGGAGUGGAUCUGAGCCUGUAUGUGUGCUCCAUCUCUCUCAGGCUCCGUUUGUAUUUGCAUCUGUCCUCUGGUCUCUCCAGCUGGCCCAGUCCCACAUAUUACAAUUGCGUUCACGGGGUAGUCCGGGCGUUGGUAGUUCCCUCCCUCCCGAAGGCGGAGCCCGGUCCGGGGAAUCAAUCCACAGUGACAGGCUGUUCCCUCUGAACAGGCCUGACUUCCUCCAUCUUUGGACUCGGAGUUGUUGGUCAGGAAUCCCUCUCUCUGUGCUCGUCCUUCGUCCGGUUUCAUCCCGUCCUGCGCCAUGGAUCUGGAGCUUUACCUCGACCUGCUGUCCCAGCCCUGCCGCGCCGUCUACAUCUUCGCCAAGAAGAACAACAUCGCCUUUGACUUCAAGUUCGUCAGUCUAAGGGCAGGGCAGCAGUUCAGCGAGGAGUUUGGCAAAGUGAACUUGCUCCGACGGGUGCCUGCUUUGAAGGAUGGUGACUUCAUCCUGGCUGAGAGUGUGGCCAUCCUGAAGUACCUGGCUGGUAAAUACCGGACCCCCAACCACUGGUACCCCUCCGAUCUGCAGCUGAGAGCCCGUGUGGACGAGUACCUGGCCUGGCAGCACACGGCCAUUAGGUUCCAAGGAUCAAGGCUCUUCUGGUUCAAGGGUCUGCUCCCUCUGCUGACGGGCCAGCCAAUUCCGAAGGAGCAGCUGGAUGAGGCGGUGGAGGACCUGCAGAGUUCAAUUCAGCUGUUGGAAGACAAGUUCCUCCAGGACAGGCCAUUCAUCGUAGGGAACGAGGUGUCCCUGGCCGACCUCUUCGCAAUCGUGGAGCUGAUGCAGCCCGUGAGUGUUGGGUUUGACCCAUUUGCUGAUCGGCCCAAGCUAGCUGCCUGGCGGGAUCGAGUCAAGGCAGCCCUGGGUAAGGAGUUGUUUGAUGAGGCCCAUGAGCAGCUCAUGAAGAGUGGAGAAGCUCCAAGUACUUUGGACCUCCAGUCCCCUGCAAUGCAACGUCUAGCAAAAAACCUGAAGAAACGAUACAAGUGAUGGAGCCAAGCAUCUGCUCUCUCCAAAUAUUUCCUCCAAUGAAAUAAAGAGCUGAAAAGAGA